ACUUUAUUUUGCGAUCACUUUCUUUUUUACGUUUAAGACGUGCAUAAUAAGCGCAUUUUUUAUAUAUCAGGAUCAGAAUUACAUUCAUUCAUUAUUCAGACAGGGUUCUUGAAGUUUCCAUUUCGUUAUUGACACAAACCUGGCAACCCCUGCUCUUUCAGCCGCUCUUCAAUAACAUCCCUGGGGCUCAGACGAGAGCGCGUGGGUUUUCAGCUGAAUAACUGUUUACAUCUUUUCAGUUUCUUCUCAGUUUGUCUCGAGGAUUUUCUUGACAACGUCGAAUAAGGUGCAAUGGUUGAAGAGGAGCAAUUUGUGAAUAUAGACUUAAAUGAUGACAACAUCUGCACCAUCUGUAAGCUGGACACAGACACUGGAACUCUAUCCUUUUGUCAUGUCUGCUUUGAGCUGAGCAUAGAGGGAGUGUCCACUGCCACUCUGCUGCACUCUACAUCUUUGCGUGGGCACAGGGACUGCUUUGAGAAGUACCAUCUCAUUGCCAACCAGAAGGUCUCACAUGCCAAGGCCUCACACAGUACCUACGAGGGUGUGAAGCGAGCACUGAGUCAGCAGAUCAGCCGCAUUGUGCAGUACGCCCAAAACAGAGACUCUGGCUCCAAACACCAGCUUCUGUUUCACACACCACAGGGCGACAGAAAGAUAGCGGCCCAAUCGUGUGCUCAGGUGCCCCGAUAUGCUCCACGCUGGGCUGAAGCCACAUGUCCAGGUGAAACAGAGGAUCUGGAUAUUCUGCAGGACUCUGGGCAGCUGUGGAGGAAUGAACAAAAGCGCACAAUGCAACACCAGGGAGUAGGAGGAGAACAGGAAGAGAGACACACACGCCACAGCCGAGAGGAAUUAGUAAAAAUGAGUAUGGAAGAGCUUCGUCAACUGAACUCAAAACUCUUGCUGCAGAUUCAAGUGGUGUUUGAAGAGCUUUCAGUGGCUGUGCAGGAGAAGGACUCUUUGGCAUCUCAACUCCAUGUCCGCCACAUUGCCAUUGAGCAGCUUUUUAAGAACUGCGCCAAACUUCCAUGGCUUCAGAUUGGCCGGGCGGGGGUAAAAGCCAGCAACCCCUCAGUGGAGUGAAGAGUGAGUUUUCCACAAUGGAUUAAAGAACGACCUCCAGUCUGGGAAGACAUAAAUAAAGGUUGCACUCGAGUCAAAUGCUUUUCAGUCUUAAGUAGAUGGGGUUGGUGUGUUUGUUCUUGAACAGGCGACGUAUUGAAAUUGACUAACACAGGGAGUUUUGAAGCUUGUGCACUUGUGUUACUAUGCAGACAGAGGUCAGACUGACCAUGGCCUCAUCAACGUUCACUUGAAUAUUGUUUUUAUUACUUUUAUGUUAAGUCUUUGAAAAUUAUAUUUAUUGCUUUCAGUUUAUACUAUAAUUUUUUAUUGUUAGUGACUUCUUUUUUCUUCUGAAUUAGAAUAGUGGAUUCCCGUAUAUCUGUGUGUGACAGGCCGGAGUCUGGGCUCUGGUGUUACUGUGGUAAUAGUUAUUUAGUUAAGAAGGGGGUGAUUUUCCACUGAUCAUUGUAGUGGGAUUAUGGUUUGAUUAGAUUAGGAAUAUGAAUCCCUGGCCUUCACAAAAUGAUAUGAUAUAAUUGAACAACAAUGUGAUAUUUAUGUAACAAUACCACUGAAUCUGCCAUUAUAUGACUUAUUAGGACCAGGCUGAUACGCAUGCAGUUUUUUCAAUAUAUGGGGAAGGGCUGCUGUCGAUGAGCUUAUAGAGAAGAAGUAUUUUAAGAGAUUUGGGCCAAUCAAAUUGACUUUUUUGAUUAUUGCUGCUUGGUUUUUAUUUCAAUCACUGUUUUAUUAUUAUUAUUUUUUUUUUUUCAAAUCAAAAUCAUGCAAUGAUUUUCUCUUAAUCAAGAUUAAUGCUGUUUUGGUUUACUACACAGAGGAUGGUCAGAAUGUUGUUGUUUUUUUCAGGAUAUAAUUGGUAAUCACAUACUCAAAUAUUCCUCUUUGUUUAGUAUUACUUGGGUAUGUUUGGGGGAUUUUAUGCACCUUAAAAAGCAUAACCAAAGCUUGUUGCCAUUGGGUAACAUUAUUCAAUUUAAUAUUUUUUAAAUAUGUUGCAUGAAUAAAAGGACAUUUAUGCAUAUUAAUGUUUAAUUUGUUAUUUUCUUGACCUAUGUUCAAAUAUUUCAGUUCAUCACUUUUGAAAAUUUUAACUUGCCAUUCUGUGUUUAUUUAUUUACCACCUUGUUGUACAAUUUUAUUUCACAGUUUUAUACCUUUUGUUUAUUCUAAUGUAAAACUUUGAGGGGAGGGAGCUAUCUGGUGGUUUUCCAGAAAAUCUGUUCACAUUAGAUUGAAUCUGUUGCAGCAUGCUGAUGAUGACACUGAACAUUAAUUAAAUUAAACAUAGCUGUUCAAAUGUGUCAUUUAAAAGGUAGGAAAUAUUUUGUUCAGAAGAAAAUCCUUCUCUUUGUAAGAGACUUAUAUUUUACUUGACCCAUCCGGGUUGUAUAAAAAGUGUUGUGCAUGUUUGGUGCUUGAUAUGCUGUAAAAGUUGAACUGUGAUUUUCAUCAGCAUUAUUGUAUGCAUGUCAGUUCUGCUUAUACUGUAUAUAUGUGUAUAUAAAGCUGUUGGAUUUGUGUGUUGAUUUUUUUUUUUAAUAGCUUUUUUUGGGGUUUAAAACCUAUCAUUUAUUUUAGGAUCAUAACAAUGACAGCUGAUGUUAAGGGUCAUACAGGGUCAACUGCCCACCAAACAAAUUACUCAAAUUACAAGUUACUCUCAUGUAAAACUUAGCAUAAUGUAUUGGCAUGUAAGGUUGUUCAUGUCUGUUAACUUUUUUUUACAUUUAUUUUCUUCUUUUCUCCUUUUAUUGUUUUUUUUUUGUUUUCUUUUUUCCUUUUUCUUUUUAGAUUUAUUUAUUAUUUUCAGUUAAGUGUAUUAUAUGGUUUUGUGUUUGUUUCCCCAACAGCUCAUGCAAUAAUGUGUGAUUGUGUGGUGGACUGAAUGAUAAUUUGUAAAAUAUCUUUAAAACUAGGAAAUAAAUAUAGAAAUAUUUUCUUAAACA